GGAUUGUUUAUGAAAUUUGGUCUUUCAUCAAUCUAAGAAACACGAGUACAGACGAUAAUUUCAUUGACGUGCACUGUGUUACUGGGAAAAUAUUCAAAGUGUCCAGCAACUGUUUAGUGAGACUCAGCAAUUAUCUGUUCAAUGGAGUAGCGUAUUGUCCUCAUUUGCAAAAUUCCAUCAUUAGACUACGCUUGUCUUAUGUUACCACAGCACGAAUUAUACUUUUUAUCAAAAAUGGCGAUCCUUUUCUGACGUCGAUUGAAAAUGCAAUGGAGGUUUAUGUAGUGAGCAAAGAAUUCGAAAUUCCGGAACUGUUCAUGCAAUGCCGUAACUUUCUCGUAACACUAAUGACAGAUACGAACGUCUGUCGUAUACACGAUUUUGCAUGCGAACAGAGUGACACGAUAUUACAAUACUAUUGCUGGAAAAUGUUCGAUUCCCACUGGGAAACGAUAUUGAAUGGCGAAGACUUUCUUCAUUGCAAAGAUCAAACUAUCGAAAGAUUGGUAUCUCGUCCGAUAUAUCCUGAAAAUUUAAGAGAAUUUGUUCUGUUUUCCGCAAUAUGCAAAUGGGCCAAAGUAAGAGUUACAUAUAAAGAAGAAUCUAACGAAAAUCUUGAUGACUUUAUCAUCGGAGGAAGAUGUCGUAUUAUCUUAGAUCCCUAUCUAUCUUGCAUCAGGUUUUUGACGAUGAAUAAUGUUGAACUGGAAUACAUUUUCGAGAAACUACAUUUACUGAAAGCAAAUGAAAUCCAAGCAAUACGUGAUUAUUGGAUUAAUGUCGAUUCGCCAAAUUUUCCAACUACAAUUAGUAAGGAGACUAGAGGAAGAGCACGGGUUUGGUAUACUUCUUGCUUUAUAUAAAUGUGAGAUCCGCAAGUUUUAAGGAUUUUUUAACCACUCAACAGUGAAGGACGGAUAUACCCAUUAAAUUCUUUUAAGGGUAUGGCCAAAAAGUAGCCAAAAACUACCGCGAAAAAAAUUCACCUAGAAAAUGACUUAUGUAACAAUAAAAAAAGGCUUUUGUUUACUAGACAUAACUGUUUACAAAAUUUUUUUCUAAAACGGUAAUGAGAAAAAACGCGCGAAAAAUUAUUUUUAAAAUUUUUCACGUUUAUUCUUCACUACUGGGGGUAGAACCAUACCUGUCUACUCCACUGUUGAUUACGUUUUUAAUAACAUUUUUAUAUAACAUUCGUCGUGAUUGUUAGAAAACAUCGCACGAGCUACGGAUGAGACAAAUGGA